GUGAGACACCGCAAUAGAGACACCCUAGUCUCGAUUAUGCCUGUUUUUCUGUUUGUGCUGUCAAAGGCGAUACUAUUUAUUUCGUAGCGUAAAAUAUAGGCAACAGUUAUAUUUAUUUAUCAAUGCCAUCGAAGGCUACCGUUAUUAUUUAUAUUCGACUGGCUAGCUAGCUAUGUUUUGUACUGCACUGUCACUGUCCUUUCUCCUUUUUCUGUUCUAAUGAUUGUGUUAUCUAAAUUCUCAUGGCGGAAACUAAAAUAAUAUAUCAUAUCGAUGAGGAGGAAACUCCUUAUUUAGUGAAAUUGACAGUGCCUCCUGAGAAAGUCACUUUAGCAGAUUUUAAAAAUGUCCUUAACAAUCGUCCGGUCAACAGUUACAAAUUCUUCUUUAAAUCUAUGGACCAGGAUUUUGGGGUUGUCAAGGAAGAGAUUUCUGAUGAUAACGCCAAGCUGCCCUGCUUUAAUGGGAGAGUGGUAUCAUGGUUGGUCCUGGCAGAGAGCUCACAUUCGGAUGGAGGGUCACAGGGCACAGAGAGUCACCCGGAGCUGCCGCCCCCACUGGAGAGAACAGGGGGUAUCGGGGACUCCAGACCCCCUUCUUUCCACGCCAACGCCGUGAGCAGCCGCGACGGUCUGGACACAGAGACGGGCAGCGAGUCCCUGCUCAGCCACCGCAGAGAGAGGGAGCGGGAACGAGCACGGAGGAGGGCGAGAGAGGCCGAGUUCCCUCGUGUGAACGGCCACUCCAAAGCGGAGCGCCUGGCGCGUGACUCGGCCAUGGGCUAUGACAGCACCUCCAUGAUGAGCAGCGAGCUGGAAUCCAGCUCCUUCAUUGACAGCGAGGAAGACGAUGACACCAGCAGACUCAGCAGCUCGACGGAGCAGAGCUCCUCGUCUCGGCUAAUGCGCAGACACAAGCGCCGGCGACGGAGGCACAAAGUGGCCAAAAUCGAUCGGUCCUCUUCAUUCAGCAGUAUCACAGACUCCACCAUGAGCCUCAACAUCAUCACUGUCACCCUCAACAUGGAGAAGUAUAACUUCCUGGGGAUCAGCAUCGUGGGGCAGAGCAAUGACCGAGGGGAUGGAGGGAUCUACAUCGGCUCCAUCAUGAAGGGGGGUGCAGUGGCUGCAGAUGGGAGGAUUGAGCCAGGAGACAUGCUGUUGCAGGUGAAUGACGUGAACUUCGAGAACAUGAGCAACGAUGACGCUGUGAGGAUUCUCAGAGAGAUCGUCUCCAAGACUGGCCCCAUCAGUCUCACUGUUGCCAAGUGCUGGGACCCCUCCCCUCGGAGCUACUUCACCAUCCCCCGAGCGGAACCUGUCAGACCCAUUGACCCUGCAGCUUGGAUCUCUCACACCACUGCCCUGACUGGACCGUACCCCCACUACGACUUUGACGACCUGCCCCUGUCGGUCAGCAAGACAGACAUGACGACCAUUGUCAAGCUGAUGCAGCUGCCGGACUCGGGCCUGGAGAUCCGGGACAGGAUGUGGCUGAAGAUCACCAUCGCCAAUGCUGUUAUCGGGGCUGACGUGGUGGACUGGCUGUACUCCCGGGUGGAGGGCUUUAAGGACCGUCGUGAUGCACGGAAGUACGCCAGCAGCUUACUGAAGCACGGCUACCUGAGGCACACCGUCAACAAGAUCACCUUCUCCGAGCAGUGCUACUACACGUUCGCCGACCUCUGCCAAAACAUGGCAUCUUUGAACCUGAAUGAGAGCUCCAGCGGCGGGGGCUCGGAGCAGGACACCCUGGGCCCCCUCCCCCCGCCCACCACCAACCCCUGGCCCCUGGGGGGACAGCCGUUCCCCUACCCGCCUUACCCUACAGCGCCCCCUGGCUUCCCCCCGGGGUACACAGACCCAUGCCACAGUUUCCACAGUGGCAGCGCAGGCAGUCAGAACAGUGAGGGAAGCAGAAGCAGUGGCUCGAACCCCAGCGCAGGGAAAGGUCGCCGUGCCUCGCCCCGGGAAAAGGACCGCAAGUCGACAGGCAGCGGGGGCAGCGAAUCAGAGCCGGGCACGCGGGGAGUGAGGCGGGGUGAACGAUCUGCCAGCCAGCUAAGCCAUCACAGCCACACACUCUCUAGCCACAGCCACACCCAUUCAUCCUAUAGCCACACCCAGUCCCACAGGAGUCAUGGCCUUUCCCAGAACAGCCACGCCUCUUUCUCAUACAGCAACGCCCCUUUCUCUCAGCAUGGCCACCUUUCUUGCAAUCACAGUGAGCGGAGCCACUCUCACUCUCACUCCUCCUACGGCCCACCCGGCCUGCCGCCCCCUUACAGCCUUGCACGGCUGGCCCCCAAGGUUCCAGUGAGCAGCAGUCCCCCAGGGGCCCCCCCAGUGCGUGACCUGGGGUCCGUCCCCCCAGAGCUAACCGCUAGCCGCCAGUCCUUCCAGCACGCCAUGGGAAACCCUUGCGAGUUCUUUGUUGACAUCAUGUGAUGGAGACGACAGUAGCUAGCUACUUUUGCAGCUGCACACUGCAAAAGCGCAUGCCGCUUGGAUCUCUGCUCCAAAGAUUACUCGUACCCACAGACAGUCCUCCCCCGCCCCCCAGCUCCAUGCCUACAGACUGCAAGAGAGGUUGUGCUCUGCACAGAGCCGCUCCUCCAUCGCCACCAGAGCCCUACUGUCAAAAAAAAGGAAUGAUGUUGCACAAGUGCAGAGUGUUUUGUGUUACUUGCAGCAUCUGGCUGGCCUGUUCAGUGUGUUAUUGUUCAUUUCAGUGGACUGUA